AUGCAGAUGGUAGACAAAGGUAGAGGUGGUGGUUGUAGAACAUUUAAUCGUGGUAGAAGACGUGGUCUUAGUUUGGGAGCUCCAAUUACCACCAACCCUUCCACCUCAUCCAUUCACGUAUCAACCUCAGAGUCAAUGAUUCAUGUCAUUGCACCGACUCCAAACACACUUCCUACAGCUCAAGACCAACCAAAUCCUACCUUUGUAAGGGAGUCAAUUCCCAUUACCCCUGUUAGAGAUGCUUCACCUUCAGCACCAGAUGAUUCUCUUACACUUGAGUACCCAUCAGAUCCAAAUUGUUUCAACCAACAUAUGAGUGUUCUAAUAUCAUAUCAAAUAUCAUUACUCAUUACGGAAAAAUUUGAUGAACCAGCUGCAAGUUGGUUGAAGAAAGAGUAUAGGUGGCACCCACAAGAAGAGAGAGCCAUUAGAGCUAUUUUUGAGACAAAAGGUUCAUGCAUUUUGAAAAGUGCAAUGAACAAGAUCAGAAAUGGUCAAGAUAAAGGAAAGUGGAUAACAGACAAUGUUCGAGCAGCCUUGGAUGAACAUUGGGGUUCUACAGAUUUCCUAAACAAGAGCUCUACUGCCAAGGCGAAUCGAUCUAUUGAUAGAGGAGCCUUAGCAUACUAUGGUGAACCAUAUCUACUGCAACUCACUUUGAAAGCUGAGGAAGGAACAUCUACACAGGAUUCCCUUUACACUGCUACUUCUGUUAAUGAUAAUGAAAUAUAUCUGAAUGUUGUUGGAGCUCCAAAUUACAAGGGGAACAUGUAUGGGCUAGGUACUUUGAGCAAACAGUUUAGUUGUUCAAAAUCAGCUCCAUCUACUUCUAUUGCUCCUGUGGAAGACCAAAUAAAGGAAAUGUGUGAGACAAUUAAUAAAUUGAAUGCUGAGCUUUUGGCAAAGGCAAAUAAGGAGAAGACACUUGAGGAAAAGAUGUUGCAGCUGAUGGAGAAUCAUGACCACCAAAGUCAGGAGAUGCGACAACAGAUGCAAGAACAAAAUGAGCAAAUUCGUCAACAAAAUGAGCAACUGUAG